AUGAAUCCAUUCUGGAGGUUCCUGGUCCUCCUCCUGGCAUUGUUAGCCUUGCCCUCAGGCCUGCUCAAGCAGCCUUGGCCCGGACUGACCACAGCCUACAAGGAUGGAAGGCCUACCCUAGCGAGAAUUAUUGCACAGGGUCUCCUGAAGCACAACGCUGAAGGCCGAAUCCAGAGCAUGCAACUCCUGGACCGUCUGAAUGUCUCAGGGAUAGUGGCCCCAGGGAUGGUAGGCUGGCUGAUUGGUGGCAUGAACUUCCAGCAGCAGCAAGAGAUCAGCAUCAACAUCACCAAUGUGCAACUGGACUGUGAUGGGAUCCAGAUGGCACUGCCUAAAGAGUGGUUCUCGACAAACAUCACACUGGAAUUUGACGUUGAAUUCCGACUGCCCUUCAAUUCUAAUAUCAUCAAGACGCAUGCCCGCAUGGGCCUUGCUGCAGAGUCCUGGCUGGAGAAAGAUGAGUUUGGCCGGAGGGAGCUGGUGAUGGGCAGAUGCCACAUGGAGCCCAACAGUGAUGGUGCAUCUAUGUCCACUGAGGAAGUCCCACCCAAGAUGAAACAUUUUCUCCACAACCUCCGAGAAAGCCUGGGGAAAGUUAUUCCGAACCUAGUAGAAAGUCAGGUAUGUCCUCUGGUUGGUGAGAUCCUCCGGCAGCUGGAUGUGAAGCUGUUGAAAGGCCUCGUGGAACAGGUGGCUGCUCAUAAUCUUGGUCAACUCUGAAUCAGCCAAACCCUUCGGGUGCCAGGCUUGAGGGGCCUCCCACUGCCUGCCUUCGGUCAGAAGAAGGUACUUCCGGUUGAGACCUUAAGUCUCUCUUAAUGUGGGUUUUCUGCUGUCCCCUGGAAACAUGACCCCCAGGUUCCAAGACAUCCUGUCCUCUCCAACAAUAAACGCUAACUCUGAAGGAUACACUAGCCCACCU